AUGCCACGAAGACGCGGCUCCUCGUCGUCGUCGUCGGCGGCAGGUGGUAGUGGCGGAGGUGGUGGUGGUGGAGGUGGCUUCGGACUAUCUAGUCUCCGACGCGAACUCCACCUGCACAACUUCUUCCGCACCUCAUCACCGUCGGCGUCGUCGACGUCGAGAACGCCGCAAGCAGUCCUACCGCCGCGUACAUCAGCUGUUACUAUUCCGGGCACUAAUCACAAAUUGACCUCUUCCGCUUCAUCCUAUCAUCCGCCACGCGAGCUUACCGUGUCGACGUUCAGCGCCGGCUCGGCAACUGCAGCUGACGGACUUGGAGGUGCCCAUCUGACACCAUCACUUUCAUCUUCGGUACACGCGAGACGGGAAUCUUUUCUCUACCGUGCCAAUGAUGAUCUUCGAGAAGCAUCAUCGUUACGACCUGUCAGUCGAGCAUCAUCAAUCGCGUCUAAUGAGCACGGAAGCAGCACAAGCUGCGCGGAGGCACCACACAAAACAACUGUGUGGUUACUUGCAAAAUCGCAUUUGGGACUUUCUCCUCCUAAAGACAACAACAUCAAUGUCAAAAAGUGUGUCAAGAAGAAGGGAAAGAGACUAGAGAAAGAGAACAUUGACACCAACUUUCCGGUUAUCAAAAAAUGCAAUCAAGCCGUCGAGCAGUGUUGGAUCCACAAGGUUGCAAUUGCCAAUUGUCUACGUCACUCUCUGGGACCAAAAAGUGUGUAA